AAUUUGAACAAACCGUGAUGAAAUCAAGCUCUGGACAAAUCAGAUGAGCCUGUCAACUUCCCAGGUGGGAUUGCUUGUAGUUAAUAGACUGAACGCGGAGCCCCGGAGCAGGGCAUUCCAUGUAGGCAGAGAACACGCUGCAGAAAGCUUUCCAAGAAUCCUGACAUGGCAAGAAGAGGCUCCUUCCAGUCUUACCAGGUAAUAUCCUUGUUCACUUUUGCUGUUGGUGUCAAUAUCUGCUGUGGAUUCACGGCAAGUCGAAUUAAGAGGGCAGAAGGAUGGGAUGAAGGCCCUCUGACAGUGCUAUCCGACUCCCCUUGGACCAACACCUCUGGAUCUUGCAAGGGAAGAUGUUUUGAACUUCAAGAGGUUGGACCUCCUGAUUGUCGGUGUGACAACUUGUGUAAGAGUUACAGCAGUUGCUGUCAUGAUUUUGAUGAGCUCUGUUUGAAGACAGCUCGAGGCUGGGAGUGUACUAAGGACAGAUGUGGAGAAGUACGGAAUGAGGAAAAUGCGUGUCACUGCUCCGAGGACUGCUUGCUCAGGGGAGACUGCUGUACUAAUUACCAAGUAGUUUGCAAAGGAGAAUCACAUUGGGUAGAUGAUGACUGUGAAGAAAUAAAGGCCCCAGAGUGUCCUGCAGGGUUUGUUCGUCCUCCAUUAAUCAUUUUCUCUGUGGAUGGCUUCCGGGCAUCCUACAUGAAGAAAGGGAGCAAGGUCAUGCCUAACAUUGAAAAACUAAGGUCCUGUGGGACACAUUCUCCCUACAUGAGGCCUGUGUACCCAACAAAAACCUUUCCUAACUUAUACACUUUGGCCACCGGUCUGUAUCCAGAAUCUCAUGGAAUUGUUGGCAAUUCAAUGUAUGAUCCUGUAUUUGAUGCCACUUUCCAUCUUCGAGGGCGAGAGAAAUUUAAUCAUAGAUGGUGGGGAGGUCAACCACUAUGGAUUACAGCCACCAAGCAAGGGGUGAAAGCUGGAACAUUCUUUUGGUCUGUGGCCAUCCCCCAUGAGCGGAGAAUAUUGACCAUCCUGCAGUGGCUCACCCUGCCAGAUGACGAGAGGCCUUCGGUCUAUGCCUUCUACUCUGAACAACCUGAUUUCUCUGGACACAAAUACGGCCCUUUUGGCCCUGAGGAGAGUAGUUAUGGCCCAUCUCUUACUCCGGCUAAGAGACCUAAGAGGAAAGUUGCCCCUAAGAGGAGACAGGAAAGACCCGUUGCUCCUCCAAAGAAAAGAAGAAGAAAAUUACAUAGGAUGGAUCAUUAUGCAGCGGAAACUCGUCAGGACAAAAUGACAAAUCCUCUGAGGGAAAUUGACAAAACUGUGGGACAGUUAAUGGAUGGACUGAAACAGCUCAAGCUGCAUCGGUGUGUGAAUGUCAUCUUUGUUGGAGAUCACGGUAUGGAAGAUGUUACAUGUGAUAGAACUGAGUUCCUGAGUAAUUACCUGACCAAUGUGGAUGAUAUUACUCUAGUGCCUGGAACUCUAGGAAGAAUUCGAUCCAAAUUUAGCAACAAUGCUAAAUAUGACCCCAAAGUCAUUAUUGCUAACCUCACGUGUAAAAAACCAGAUCAGCACUUUAAGCCUUAUAUGAAACAGCACCUUCCCAAACGCUUGCAUUAUGCCAACAACCGAAGAAUUGAGGAUAUCCAUCUCUUAGUGGACCGCAGGUGGCAUGUUGCAAGGAAACCUUUGGAUGUUUAUAAGAAACCAUCAGGAAAAUGUUUUUUCCAGGGGGACCAUGGAUUUGAUAACAAAGUCAACAGCAUGCAGACCGUUUUUGUAGGUUAUGGCCCAACAUUUAAGUACAAGACUAAAGUGCCUCCGUUUGAAAACAUUGAACUUUACAAUGUCAUGUGUGAUCUCCUGGGAUUGAAGCCAGCUCCUAACAAUGGAACUCAUGGGAGUUUGAAUCACCUCCUGCGUGUUAAUACCUUCAGACCAACCAUGCCAGAGGAAGUUACCCGACCAAAUUAUCCAGGGAUUAUGUACCUUCAGUCUGAUUUUGACCUGGGCUGCACCUGUGAUGAUAAGGUAGAGCCAAAGAACAAGCUGGAUGAACUCAAUAAACGCCUUCAUACAAAAGGGUCCACAGAAGCUAACAUCUUGAUGGACUUACUAUGCAAUGAAAACUCAUUUCCUUGUGACAUUGAAUCAAUGGAUGAAUGCAUGAAUAAAAUGGAAAAUUUAAAAACUCUCAUAGCAGGCGAUUCUAGCACUGAAGCUGGCUAUAAUUUUUGUGCUGAAACCAGGAAAUUCAGAGGCAGCAAAAAUGAAAACAAGGAAAUCAUUAAUGGAAAUUUUGAACCUAGAAAAGAGAGACAUCUCCUCUAUGGGCGACCUGCCGUGCUUUAUCGAACUAGAUAUAAUAUCUUAUAUCACACUGACUUUGAAAGCGGUUAUAGUGAAAUAUUCCUAAUGCCACUCUGGACAUCAUACACUGUUUCCAAACAGGCUGAGGUUUCUGGCAUCCCUGAGCAUCUGACCAAUUGUGUCCGCCCUGACGUCCGUGUUUCUCCAGGCUUCAGUCAGAAUUGUUUGGCCUACAAGAAUGAUAAGCAGAUGUCCUACGGAUUCCUCUUUCCUCCCUAUCUGAGCUCUUCGCCGGAGGCUAAAUAUGAUGCAUUCCUUGUAACCAAUAUGGUCCCAAUGUAUCCUGCUUUCAAAAGGGUCUGGAAUUAUUUCCAAAGGGUAUUGGUGAAGAAAUAUGCCUCAGAAAGAAAUGGAGUAAAUGUGAUAAGUGGACCAAUAUUUGACUAUGACUUUGAUGGCUUACAUGACACAGAAGACAAAAUCAAACAGUAUGUGGAAGGCAGUUCCAUUCCUGUUCCAACUCACUACUACAGUAUCAUCACCAGCUGCCUGGAUUUCACUCAGCCAGCCGACAAGUGCGAUGGCCCCCUCUCUGUAUCCUCAUUCAUCCUUCCUCAUAGACCAGACAAUGAUGAGAGCUGUAAUAGCUCAGAGGAUGAGUCAAAAUGGGUAGAAGAACUCAUAAAGAUGCACACAGCUCGAGUGCGGGACAUUGAACAUCUCACCAGUUUGGAUUUCUUCCGAAAGACCAGCCGCAGCUACCCUGAAAUUCUGACACUUAAGACAUACCUGCAUACAUAUGAGAGCGAGAUUUAACUUCCUGAUCAUCUGCAGUAUAGCCUUAUCAACUGGUGUAUAUUUUUAUAUUGUGUUUAUAUUUAUUAAUUUGAAACCAGGACAUUUAAAAAAGCUUAGUAUUUUAAUCCUGUACCAAAUCUGACAUAUUAAGUGUGAAUGACUCCACUGUUUUUCUCUAAUGCUUGAUUUAGGUAGUCUUGUGUUCCGAGUAGAGCUUGUAAUAAAUACUGCAGCUUGAGUUUUUAGUGGAAGCUUCUAAAUGGUGCUGCAGAUUUGAUAUUUGCAUUGAGGAAAUAUUAAUUUUCCGAUGCAUAGUUGCCACAUUUAGUCCUGUACUGUAUCAAAAUUCUGAUUUUGUAAAGUUACAUUCAUUUGCUGUUAACUAUGACAGACAUAUUUAAGCCUUAUAGACCAAUCUUAAAUAUAAUAAAUCACACAUUCAGUUUUUUUCCUCA